AUGGCCCCACGUUCCAGGGGAGAGGGGCAGGGACUCCCUCUGAAUCUGGACCAGAUUCCGGCUUCUCCGGGUCUGGGUCCUCUCUCCUCAGUCCUCUCUCCUCUGUCCUCUCUCCUCUGUCCUCUCUCCUCUGUCCUCUCUCCUCAGUCCUCUCUCCUCAGUCCUCUCUCCUCUGUCCUCUCUCCUCUGUCCUCUCUCCUCUGUCCUCUCUCCUCAGUCCUCUCUCCUCAGUCCUCUCUCCUCAGUCCUCUGUCCUCUCUCCUCAGUCCUCUCUCCUCAGUCCUCUGUCCUCUCUCCUCUGUCCUCUCUCCUCAGUCCUCUCUCCUCUGUUCUCUCUCUUCUGUCCUCUCUCCUCUGUCCUCUCUCCUCUGUCCUCAGUCCUCUCUCCUCUCUCCUCAGUCCUCAGUCCUCUCUCCUCUGUCCUCUGUCCUCAGUCCUCUCUCCUCAGUCCUCAGUCCUCUCUCCUCUCUCCUCUGUCCUCAGACCUCAGUCCUCAGUCCUCUGUCCUCAGUCCUCUCUCCUCUGUCCUCUCUCCUCUGUCCUCUCUCCUCUGUCCUCUAUCCUCUGUCCUCUCUCCUCUGUCCUCUCUCCUCUGUCCUCUCUCCUCUGUCCUCUGUCCUCUCUCCUAUGUCCUCUCUCCUCUGUCCUCAGUCCUCUCUCCUCUGUCCUCUGUCCUCUCUCCUCUGUCCUCUCUCCUCUGUCCUCUCUCCUCUGUCCUCUCUCCUCUGUCCUCUGUCCUCUGUCCUCUGUCCUCUCUCCUCUGUCCUCUGUCCUCUCUCCUCUGUCCUCUCUCCUCUGUCCUCUCUCCUCUCUCUUCUCUCCUCUGUCCUCUGUCCUCUCUCCUCUGUCCUCUCUCCUCUGUCCUCUGUCCUCUCUCCUCUCUCCUCUGUCCUCCCUCCUCUGUCCUCUCUCUUCUCUGUCCUCUCUCCUCUCUCCUCUCUCCUCUCUCCUCUGUCCUCUGUCCUCUCUCCUCUGUCCUCUGUCCUCUCUCCUCUCUCCUCUGUCCUCUCUCCUCUCUCCUCUGUCCUCUCUCCUCUGUCCUCUCUCCUCAGUCCUCUCUCCUCAGUCCUCUCUCCUCUCUCCUCUGUCCUCUCUCCUCUCUCCUCUCUCCUCUGUCCUCUCUCCUCUCUCUGUCCUCUCUCCUCUGUCCUCUCUCCUCUGUCCUCUCUCCUCAGUCCUCUCUCCUCAGUCCUCUCUCCUCUGUACUCUGUCCUCAGUCCUCUCUCCUCUGUUCUCUCUCCUCUGUCCUCAGUCCUCUCUCCUCAGUCCCACCCAUAA